AUGGACAAAACAUUGGGCAAUUGUAAAAAUAAUAUAAAUUUAGCAGAUUUUGCAUCGGAGGCCAUUGGUGGAAUGGUAAUCGCUACUCCGAAUACUCGAACUUAUAACAUACCUAAAUCGGUCCAAAUAACUUUAUUUGGUAUUCCAGUUUGGAAGCCUAAUUAUUUCACACCACGUAAAGUCAUUCAACCAUGGUCCCAAGCUGGUGAAUGUUGGGCAUUUCGUGGAUCGCAAGGAAAAAUAGAAAUAGAAUUAGCUCACACAGCUAUUAUUGAACGCGUGACUUUAGAACACAUUUCAUCCUCUGCUUCACUCACAGGAAAGAUCACUUCCGCACCAAAGAUUUUUAAUGUAUUGGGCAAAAUUAAAACCGAUUUUGUGAAAAUCGAUGCAUUUGUCUACAAAGAUACAGGAUUGCCAUCACAAACUUUUGAAAUCAAAGAGCCUAAAAUGAAAAAUACUCCAUUUAAAAGAAUAAUGCUAGAAAUAUUGUCAAAUUGGGGAAAUACAAAUUAUACCUGCAUUUAUCGUUUUAAAGUACAUGGCAAAAUAUAUCACAAACCUAACAAAAAAGAAAGCCAUACGAUCGUUCAAUAA